GACUGUGCUAUAGGGCUGGGCGCACUCCCCCCACCCACCCACCCACCUCAGCACCUUGGAGAAGACUUUGCUCGGGAGAUCUGUUGGGACAGAGCCUGCCCUCUGCCCGGGACCUUCUCCUGAUUGUGCUGGGAGAAAAUGAUGCAGGAAGAGUCCAGCUCCCCAGUCUCCCCAGUAGACAGUCUAAGUAACAGCGAGGAAGAGCUUGACAGGCAGCACAGCAAGAGGGGAUGCAGAAAGAAGCGAUCCACUAGGAAAAGCCCUGAGGAUCCCGACAGCCCCAUCUCAGUGAAGCGCAACAAGAAGUCCAGCAGCACCGGCAGCAGCCCGCAAUCCUUUGAAGAACUGCAAAGCCAGAGGGUCAUGGCCAAUGUCAGGGAGCGCCAGAGGACCCAGUCCCUAAAUGAAGCCUUCGCAGCCCUGAGGAAGAUCAUCCCCACCCUCCCCUCUGACAAACUGAGUAAAAUCCAGACUCUCAAACUGGCAUCCAGAUACAUCGACUUUCUCUGCCAGGUCUUACAGAGCGACGAGCUGGACUCCAAAAUGGCCAGCUGCAGUUAUGUGGCCCAUGAGAGGCUCAGCUAUGCAUUUUCAGUGUGGAGGAUGGAGGGAGCAUGGUCCAUGUCUGCAUCUCACUAACAGGAAUGCCACUACAGCACAGGCCACACAGAAAGACGAUACUUUAACCAAUGAAUGGGAAAUGGACAGUGUAGAAACUGGAGCUGGAUACCCAAAACAAUUAAAUCUGAGGAUUUUUGUGCAUUAGGGUGAAAGGGCCGAAGCGAAUGAAGGCGUGCGGAGCACUUACAGAGCAAAUCUGCCCUGGGACACUGAAUUUAUACAGCAGGGAGCCGUGUAGGUUCGCCAAAUCCAUUCCAUUCUGAUCCUGAACAAUCUCUCAUCUGGACUUUGACGAAGAAUGUUGGAAAUUAUUUUCUUUAAUUCGUUUUUCCUUGUACUUUUUGUAUACUGCAUGCAUGCGUUACCACCAGUCGUGCCUUUGAAGCCACUUUAGAGGAAAAUAUUUGAACAUUCCCAUUCUUGAAGGUUUCUAUCGAAAUCCAUUUUUUUAAAUAGGAAGGAAAAAAAUACUAUUUUUGCUAUUUGAUUCUUGGUUCAGAAAACUGUUUCUAUACAAGCGGCGGCAUCUCUUUAUUCAUCACCUGAGAAAAAAAGUUAACAUUUAUUUAUUUAUUGAUCCAUGUUUAAAAAAAAAAAUGCAACUAGAUCCGGUGUCUAAAUGCAUUCAUAUUUUUUAUGGUUGUUUUGUAAAUAUCAUUGUAUAUUAUUUUUCUGCAAUAAAUAAAUAUGAUUGAA